AUAAAAUUGAAAACAUGAAUAAGCUUUCGCACAAAGCUCUUUUCACGUCGUUUAUCUGCAGCACAUUUAUCACCAGAAAACCCCAACAAAAGCAUUAUAUUCCGCAUACAUCCCUAGUGAGUCUUUUUCCUCAAAUUAUUGCAAAUAAUUUACAAGAAAUGGUUACCAUUGCUUUUAAAUCUCAUUCAUUCGCGUGUAAUUCCUUUAUUUGAGCUUUUUUUUUUCUUCAAAAAGUACAAAUUCAGGGAUGAAAAUACAUAAUACUUCAUUUUAUACUGUGUUGAUGUUAGCAUAUUCAAAAUACAAAUAGGAUUAAAUUCAGCCUUUAUCACACUUCUACAUUAACAUGAAAAUCACCAUACCUGAUAAGGGAUUUACAUACGUAUGGAGCAACAAAGCUGGGUGAUGUAUAAUGAAAGGUAUUCUCACUGAAUAAAUAAUUUCAUUACGAGAUUCAACAUUGGAGCCAUUUUUAUCGAUUAAUGUAAUUAUCUAUUCGUAUAGAGGUGACAAAAAUCUUAUCAGCUUUUGCAACAAUAGAUUUCCAUGUUAUUUCCAACCCUUCUAUUUGAAUUUGCAAAUCGAUAGGGUAUUGCUGUGCUUGAGGUGCGAUGCUCAAGUCGAAAUCAUUCACAUUAGAAAAGCCAAAACAGAGUGAGGGUUGGACUAAGAUACAGGAGUGGGAUCGUAGGUGGAAUAAAGUUCUCUCAAUAAUAUUCGGUGUCCUUUCAUUCAUGCUGCUGUUUGCCAUUGUCCUGGCCAAUACAAUGAGCACCGCGGCGGUGCUACCACCAACUGCUGCUCCAGAUCGCACCACAACAUCCAUUGAAACAACAACGGAUUUCCCUUCAACAACAGAAACCACGGAAUUUAGCACCACGGAUAUUGUAAAUACAACGAUUGAAGACACAACAUUGGAUGCAUCAACAGAAGGUUUGGGCAUUGUGUCUGCGGAAAUGCAGCAUCCUCCUCCAUUUGAUGGUACAAUAAUGAUUUGGGAAUUUUGCUUUAUUCGGUUUUGCAAUGUAACAUGCACCAAUGGGCGUAUUAAGCAACUUAGUUCCAUCAUGGACACACUACGCAGAUUAAGUCAUUGCCAUCAGAUGAAUUUGGAGAUUAAUCGAUGUACUUUCCCUAAAAGAAGAAUACAGCGAAAUUGGCUAGAGACCUCAGCUAAUAUAAAAGUGUUAAAAAUUACAAAUUCCCAAGUGAAUAGUAUCGAUGACAGAGCAUUUACAUCAAAUUGCUUCAAGCACCUCCAUACUUUGGUAAUAUUGAAUUUGGAUAUUACAAAAUUCUAUUCGACGGGUACUUUCAAGGGACUUGGCAAUCUCCAGAGGUUGGAAAUGAUAAAUUUGCCCCUCAGAUAUUUCAAUAGUGAAGUAUUUCAUCCAUUGGCAAAUAAUUUAAACACUUUGGUGUUUGAACGGAUGAACAAUGAAUUAUUUCCCAUUCAGAAUAUCACGGGGAAUUCUUCGCGGAAUCUUGCUAAUUUGAAAUUUCUCAGCUUGAAGUACAAUCGUUUGGAGUCAGUUAAUGAGAGCUCCUUUGAAGGACUCCAAAAUAUCGUUGAGAUACAGUUGAGUCAUUCAAAUAUUGCUGGUGUUGGGAGAAGGAGUUUUGAUAACUUGAGGUCUCUGAAGCGACUCUCUAUGAAUGGGAAUAACAUCGAAGGGCUUCCAAAGAAAAUUUUUGAUGAGAUUCUUAGGAACAAUGAGGCACUAAUAGAUGUGACUGACAAUCCAUUUCUUUGCGAUUGUGGCGUAAAGCAGCUUCAGAAAUAUUUAGGCGAUCCCAUAACGCGAUAUAAGUUUGUCAUGCCACUAACAUGCAUCAUGCCUCUGCAAUGUUGGGAGGAUUUUGUGAAGGAUUGCAAUAUUUGUGGGCAAAGAUCAAGACCCACAAGUCCAACAAUUACAACACAAGUGGCUCCGCACUCUCCAAGUGACAACGAUACAUCAUUUCCUUCAUCGGAAAAACCACCCAAAGGGAAACCCGAUCACUACGACGACGUUGCGUGCUUCAAUAAGGCCGCUUUCAUUACGCUCCUUGUUAUGUCUUUGCUCUUUAGUGCUUCCGUUGGAGCUGUUUGUCUCUUCUGUGCCCUCCGUCAUUGCCCAGCAUUCAUAAAGCGUGCCAAGUUUUCUUUUGCGUCGAAUAAACCCACCACCAUUGAACCCGUAGUGUAUGCAUCCACAGUUUCCGCAACACCACGCUCUUCCACUUCAAAACCACCCUUUCUACGGAGUCUCUCCGAUACGAGUAUUGGCAGUGGUCGAAGUUACGUCUCUGCCAUCAACACACCUCAUUUCCGAACAAUAUCUUGGCGGAUGGAUAAAUCAAAUUAUAUGUUUGAGAAUUCAAUUUAUCUCGAAGAUAGUGUGUUGGAUCGACCACCACCACUUCCACCACAUCCAAGAAGAAACUCCAGCCUUACAACCAAUGCCACAUCUACCAGAAACUAUUCAGCUAAUGAGAACAUUUAUGAACUCUACGAAUAGUACAUAAAAAAGUUUUUUAUGCAGACUUAUCUAUACCUAUCUGUUUUAUGUAUAUCUGUAUUAUUUCAUUUGCACGUAGUACAUACAUAAUAUAAUUGUCUGUGCUAAGACAAAAGAGAAAUCAACUUUUUGGUACAAAAAAAAAGGAAAAGUGGAAAAUUCUUAAAAGAAAAUUUUGCUUUUACUGAAAAUAUUUAAUUUUUUUGCAAAGUAUUUUUCUUUUUAAAUUUUUGUUCAACUAUUCCGCAUUUUCUUUGAUUGUCAAUUAAAUGCGGUACACACACGAAAGUCGACAUUAAAGCAAUGAAAUUUUGGCACAGAUCAACAUUUUGUUCCUUAUUGUAGAAAUGGGAAAAUUACAAUAGAAGAUGAUGUCACUUUCAGAAUUCAAGGUGCCCUAUUUUUCUGGCACUGUCCUUCUUCACUCAUAUAUUGUGCAAAUAGCUAAACUGAUGUCAUAUCCUGUACUUGACAAAUAAAUGUGUACACCUGAAAAAAUGUUAAAUAAAAAA